GCCAGGGGCCGUGGUCAGGGGAAGGAGCUGUAGGGCCCCAGAAUGGCACCCAAUGGCACGACCCCUUCCUUUUGCCUGGACUCCCCCGCAUUCAGAGUCACCAUCGGCGUGGUCCUCACAGUCCUCAUCCUCAUCACCAUCGCUGGGAACGUGGUUGUCUGCCUGGCCGUGGGCUUCAACCACCAGCUCCGCAGUCUGACCAAUUGCUUCAUCAUGUCCUUGGCUGUCACCGACCUGCUCCUCGGCCUCCUGGUGCUGCCCUUCUCUGCCAUCUACCAGCUGUCCUGCAAGUGGGACUUUGGCAAGGUCUUAUGCAAUAUCUACACCAGCCUGGAUGUGAUGCUGUCCACAGCCUCCAUCCUCAACCUCUUCACGAUCAGCCUUGUCCGGUACUGCGCCGUCACCGACCCGCUGCGGUACCCUGUGCUGGUCACCCCAGUUCGGGUUGCCAUCUGUCUGGUCUUCAUUUGGGCCAUCUCCAUCAUCCUGUCCUUUCUGUCUAUCCACCUGGGGUGGAACAGCAGGAAUGAGACCAGCAGGGACAAUCAAAACACCCCCAAGUGCAAAGUCCAAGUCAAUGAAGUGUACGGGUUGGUGGACGGACUGGUCACCUUCUACCUGCCUCUGCUGAUCAUGUGCAUCACCUACUACCGCAUCUUCAAGAUCGCCCGGGAUCAGGCCAAGAGGAUCAAUCACAUGGGCUCCUGGCAUGCAACCACCAUCAGGGAGCACAAAGCUACAGUGACACUGGCUGCUGUGAUGGGGGCCUUUAUCAUUUGCUGGUUUCCCUACUUCACCACAUUUGUGUACCGUGGGUUGAAAGGGGAUGAUGCAGUCAAUGAGGUGUUCGAAGCCAUCGUUCUGUGGCUGGGCUAUGCCAACUCAGCCCUGAACCCCAUCCUGUAUGCUGCCCUGAACAGAGACUUCCGCACUGCAUACCAGCAGCUCUUCUGCUGCAGGCUCGCCAGCUACAACUCCCACAAAAGUUCUCUAAGGAACAACAGUUCUCAGCUGUCCAGGAGCCAACGGCAAGAACCCAACCAGCAGGAAGAGAAACCCCUGAAGCUCCAGGUGUGGAGUGAGACAGAAGUCAUGGCACAGCAGGGAGCCACCGACAGGUAA